AUGAAUAAAGCCACGCAUUAUCCAGGCACGUUAAAAUCUAACACGGUCCUACCCUCAUUUACCUUCCCGAUCGAUUUAAUCCGGGUGCUAACAUUAUUUUACGUGAUAUUUAUUGAGUAUGACGUGCCUAAAACUCUACCUUAGCUGCCUUCUGGUUCUAGGUGUUCCAACAUUAGUUUUAUGUGGAGAGUGUUGUAGAGCCCAUUUUAGCCUCCUUUCUUACAACAAAGAAAAGUGGUGUAGCAACUAUUGUUGCUUUCAGCUAGGAAAAUAUGACUGUUGCGACAGCUUUCUAUUACAAGCUCCUUCGAUUCAGAGAAGAGACUUCUGUGCAGCUUUUUUUACUAGCAAUGCUUGGGUGCCUGUGUUAAUCAGCAUUGGAGGACUGAUCCUGUUCAUUGGACUGUGUGUCUGUAUCUGUAGACGGUGCUGUGGCAGCAGUCGGUCCACAGGCGGGGUGCUGCACGGAGCCAAUCCAGGUGUCACAGUAGUAAAUUCCAGCACCAUGAUGCAGCAAACCGGGUAUCCAAGCAACUCUAUGCAACAACAGCCCGGAUAUCCUAUGCACCAGCACCCCAGUUAUCCGGCCUAGAUAGUAACUUCAUUCUAUAUUUCAGAGUACUCAACCAUGGAUGACAUUAGACAAUUAAAACUUUGUAUAACAUGCAGUUAUUCAUUGAACUUUUGUUUAACUGAUGAUUAUUUGUAAUUGAGUUAAUUUUUUAAUUUGUUAUUAAUGUUGAUCUUUUUAUUCAUCAAACUAAUACUAUUUGAACUGUUUAUUUGUGGUCUAAAUUAAAAUAUUAAAUUUUUAUCUACUAAUCUUUUUAUUCUGAAGAAAGUUAUUGAUUACGGUUAAAAUGCAGAGCAGCGAGAAUUAGAGAGCGGCCGUAUGUAAAACACCAAUUUAUCCUAAGCCACUGUAUGACGGAGAGAUUUUUGUUUUAUUUAUCUUUAGUCUACCUUUAAAUGA